CAGACGUGAAAGGGAGAAGGAUAAAAAGCAUUAAAACAGUCAAGGGUACGGAGUCGAAGUCGAGAACGCCAAUUUACCAGUGAUCCACACAGAGAUAAAAAAUCUCGUCAUCGUAUGAAGUCACCAGAGCCAGAGCGGUCAAGGCCCCGUGGUCCACACACACCUGAGGAGGAAUAUCCACAUGAGGUGGAGGAUAUGGAUGAGGAUGAAGAGGAGGAAGAGGACCAUGUCACAUCCUCCCACGAGGGGCUUGCUGAAGGCAGUGACGCCCACAGUGGCGACACAGACGUAUCUGUCGAGGAGGAGGACAGUGAAUCUGAUUCUGAUUCAGGAAGUGGCAGUAACUCCAACAUUGGUAGCGAGGACAGCCACCAAAAACACAGUGACAUGGAAGACGACUCCCAUCAUCAGGAUCCCAUGAAAGAUAAUUUAAGGUCAAUAUUUGAUGAUGAUGAGGAAGAUGAAGAGUCGGACCCCGAGAGCGCUGAAUCCUCCGUGCACGUGUCGGAACAGCACCAGGAUGAACGAAUGUACCUACAAGACACGCCCCCGCAGUCUCCCGUGGAGCUGGCACCGGACCUCCCUCUAUACCUCCCCGCAAUCCAGGGCUGUCGUAAUGUUGAAGAGUUCCACUGUCUUAAUCGCAUCGAAGAAGGAACUUAUGGUGUUGUGUAUAGAGCAAGAGACAAAAAGACAGAUGAAAUUGUGGCGUUGAAGCGACUUAAGAUGGAAAAAGAGAAAGAGGGUUUCCCUAUCACUAGUCUGCGAGAGAUCAACACUCUACUAAAGGCUCAACACAUGAAUAUUGUUACUGUCAGGGAGAUUGUAGUCGGCAGCAAUAUUGACAAAAUAUACUUAGUCAUGGACUAUGUAGAACAUGAUCUGAAAAGUCUGAUGGAGACAAUGAAACAGCCAUUCCCAGGGGUAGAAUUUAACUAUUUUAGUAACUCGCACGUUGUUGCGAGUGGAUAAAAUUUUAACUCGCAAAAUUACAAACUUACUCGCAAUUUUGAAAUUAUGUGUUAACAUUAAAUAUAACAGAUGUUUUAUGAUAAAUAAUCUUUACUUUUCAGAACCAC